CUCUGUAAUCUUUUAGAAGAGAAUAAGUUGAUAGACGUCUGGGAAGAAAUUUGUCACCCCCCUGCAACUGUUAUACUGUCUACAGUUGUGAUUGCAUGAGUGUGGCAAACCGGUAUCUCGCGGUCAGUAGGCGACCUCUCGUGACCAAACCUGGUAAAACAGUCCGUUCUGAUAUAGACUAAAAGAAUCUUUUAGGAAAACCCCUACAAGAAAAGUGGGAGGGACCUUUCCAAGUGCUGCUGACUACCUUCACCGCGGUUCGGAUCAAGGAGCGACCUACGUGGAUCCAUUACUCACGAGUCAAGAAAGCUCCGGAGAAUAAACAAGAGGAGCAGACAUCAUGAUCCUGACUUCACCGCAGAUCUUCACAACCCUGAUCAUUGGACUAAUGAUAAGUAUAGUUCUUCCCCAAGGCUCUGUCUCAAUAGACCCAUGGUCUAAUGCACACCAGUGUAUCCACCCGGAGUUGGAAACGGGACCGAAGGGGCCCUACUUUGAGGUGUAUGCCUUACGUAACAAUCAGCCAUAUGCGAGUAAAGUAUGGGAUCAGCCCUCCAUGGUAGCGUACGAGGGAGACCAAAUUCAAGUCGGGUGUCGAGAGCUUGACCCAAUAGAAGGAACAACAAGGCGGCUGGUAUUAACAAUUCAACCCUUGAUGGCAGCCUCUGAACACAACUUAAUCACCUUUAGUCCAGUGAAAAUGGGGAAACCCACUGUCUGGAUUCAGCAAAAGGGCCCAAUUUCAUGCCAGUGGAGUGACUUCAGGGGAGAUCCACCCGGAUCACAACCCCGAAAUUCAGUAGUUUUUAGAGAAGAUCCGCUUGGGGAAAUACAUCCUGAAAACAUAACCCUUGACUUACACCCUCUUCUCUUUUCUGCGGGAAAGAUUGUAGCAUCUAAUGGUCCUGAGGAAGGGAAAGCACAGUGUGAGAUGGCAUUUAGAUUGGAACAGUCGAUGACGUUCACAUGUGAAAGGGAGCUGAAAGCCCUGGAAAUGGGUUUUGGCUUCCCUAAGCGUGCUGUCGCAUAUAAGGUAGCAUUACCGGAAGACGUGAUUCCAUUGUAUCCAGAUCUAGACUUGCCCCAAGAAACCACUCCACCGGUGGUAUGUAAAGUAGUACAUAACCUAACCUUUAUAGGGCCUCAGGUGAUAAGAAAAUCUAACGAACAAAAAUUAUUGUUAGACCCCACUUAUUCCCUGAAAAAGGUGCAGAUGAACUUCCACACCGAUAUUACGUAUUUGCAGAAGGAUUGCCAACCGUUUAUAAAGCAAAGCCUUAAGGGAUGGAAUGCAUGGCUAGCAACAAGGUCUCAUCAUAGAAGAGCACAAAGAGAUUUGAGUGGGUGGAUUGGCACUGGAUUUGGUAUAUUAAACACGAUAGAUCAAGAAGUAUUAGUGAAUAAAUUAAGUACCGUCACGUCGAACUUAGGAAAACUAAAAAUGCCCCUCAGUUCAUCCAUGCUUACAUUAGCAGAAACACAAUCGCUAGUAGCAAAAUUGCUAACCAUGGUAGCAAACCACACUGAAGAGGAUUUUUUGAAGUUCGCUAACUAUACAGGGGAACUUAGCAAGGAAAUUGCAUUAGCUAUCCAGUGCCCUCAGACACAACAAUGGGUACAAUCAGUAGCGGAAGACCUUUGA